AUGGACUGCGCACCUCAAAUCACAAAUGCUGUUGAAACAGCCAUCCCCUUAUGCCAGAUCAUUUGGUGUGGCGUUCAUGUGUUGCGCGCUGUCAUGAGAAAGGCUGAAAAGUUUCAAGAUCGUUCCAACUUCGAAACUUUCUAUAACUUAAUGAAGUUAUUGGUCUUUGGUUCUGAAGAGGAAGAAAUUGAUCCUGAUGAAGUUUACAACAAUUUAGAAGAAAUUUUAAAUGAGGAACCUGCUGCCCGUGAAUACUUUGACCGACAGUGGCGCCAUCAUCUUGACAGGUGGAUGCUUCGCUAUAUAAAUGAAGGAGAUGGAACAAACAACAUCUCGGAAUCACAUUUCAAGGUUUUGAAGCACCAGUACUUCCCAGAAAGGCGAAAUCUUCGACUCGAUGAACUUGUCAUCGAGUUAUAUUCCAGUGUUGUUCCUUCAUUCCUGAUUAAGUUGCAAAUUAAAGGUCUGGAUUCAGAGAGAAGUGUUAAAGUUAUCAAAAAAGUCACAAGAGAUUUCGAAGAAAUGACACAAUUUAAAAAAGUCGAAUGCAUCAGUAUGCUUGAAGCUGUUCAGAAAGGUCUGAAAAAUGAUACACUUGAUCCCAACAUUGUUUACUCAACAUUAAAAAUAUUAUUGCAAAGAAAACAUUUGAUUUAA